ACAAAAGAAAAGGCUCGCGCGCGCGCACUUCCCAGCGUGGGGCUGGCGACGCUGAUUGGCUGAAGGAAUUAAUCAUUCCAACCCUUUGCAUUUAACGGGUCCCCACCUUUACUAGUAUUAUUAUUUUUGGAUUAUAAAGGCGGGGGAUCAUGUUAACCCUCUAGUUGCCAGCACUUGGGGUUUUUUCCCUUCCUGCUCCUCCUCUAUAAUCUAGUUUCUCUCUCCCCUCCGCUCUCCCACCAUUUUUGCUGCUUCUAAUCUUUCCCUUCUCUUCUCGUGCCCCACAAGUCCAGCCCUCCGGCAAGGCGAUCUACCCAGAGGCUGCAGAAAAGCAUGGAUUCUGCCCAGAAAGAAGCUGCCAUCUUGUGUGUGGUGCAAUCAGGGACACUCAUGAUGGAGUACCUGAGAGCCAGCGGGGAAGCUUCGUCAGCAGCUGCUUCUCGCCGUCGAUGGGCCUUUCUGCACUCUCUAGGGCAGAGAGCCUAUGAGGAAGAGGAGGAGGAAGAAUCUGAGGAGGAGGAGGAGGAGGAAGGAGAGGAGGAGGUCUUACUUCCUCGGCAAACGUCCAGUGCUGGAUUUCGCCGUGGUGGGCGCCUCCGUUCAGUGGAGAGGCGCUUUUGGGCACGGCCCCGAAGCACCGAGUGGUGGGAUCACACGGUGCUGGAGACGUGGGACGACAACCAGUGGCUGCAGAAUUUUCGGAUGCGCAAGUCAACUUUCUUGGAACUUUGUGGCCAGCUUUCCCCGGCUCUCCAGCGCCAGAAGACGCGGAUGAGGAUCCCUCUGAGCGUGGAGAAGCGCGUGGCCAUCGCCCUCUGGAAGCUGGCCACGUCCGUCUGCUACCGUGACGUUGGCAACCAGUUUGGCGUCGGCAGGUCCACUGCCGGCUCGGUGGUGCUGGAAGUCUGCCGCGCCAUCCAGAGGGUACUGAUGCGCACCACGGUGACCGUGGGCAACAACCUGCCAGGAAUCCUCACGGGGUUCAAGGAGAUGGGCUUCCCCAACUGCGCUGGUGUAGUGGGCACAACUCACAUGCCCAUUUUGUGCCCCCCUCACCAGGCAGCCGAGUAUGUCAACACAAAAGGGUACUACUCCAUGGCUUUGCAAGCUCUAGUGGACCACCAGGGGAAGUUUACCCACCUGAGUGCCGGUUGGCCUGGGAAGACCCACGAAGCCAAGAUCUUCAACAAGUCAACCUUGUUCACCAAAGGGCAAGAAGGGACUCUCUUUGCCCUGGGUCCGGUGGAUAUCAAUGGGGUAUCUGUGCCCAGGGUCAUCCUCGGUGGACCGGCCUACCCUCUCCUUCCAUGGCUGAUGGUCCCCUACACAGAAGAUCUGGACAGCGCCAAGGAAACAUUCAAUGCCACCUUGAACCAGUGCCAGGAGCCUCUGGAGGAAGCUUUCAGCCGGCUGAAGGGCAGGUGGCGAUGCCUGACAGGCCGCAACGACUGCGCGGUGGAGAACCUUCCCCGCCUCAUCUCGGCCUGCUGCGUCUUGCACAACAUCUGCGAGGAGAAAGGGGAGGCCUACAAGGAAACGUGGGAGGCCGAAGCGAAGCAGUUGGCCGCCACCUUCAAACAGCCUCUCCAGAGGCCGGACACUCGCAUUAAAGCUGCAGCCAGGUCUGAGAGGGUCAGAGACGCCCUCUGUGCCUACAUUGCAAGCAUGGCGUGAAAAAAAAAGUGGAAGGGAGAUCCCUUGUGGAGCUGGGAGUGUUCUUGCAUUCACUUGGAGGGGAGGCUAGCAGAUGGGUUCAAUGAAUCUGCCAACCUGAGGCAUGCUAAGGCUUCCAUCCUUACCCAGUCAUCUGGGAUUAAGCCCCAUUGAGCCCAACAGGUUUUACUUCUGAGUUGACGUGUAGUUACUUAGGGUUGCAGUGUAAGAGCCUCACAGCCGAUUUUGAUAUAGAAGCAUCAAGCAUGGGGAAGACGGGUGGUGGGGAAAACCUCAUUGUGUGAAAAAUGAGUUUUCUUAAAGCCUGUCACCAGAAAGAAAUUCAUACUUUGCCACCUCUGGAAAAAUUACUUGCACAGUAGAGGUUUUUUCCAUUACGGCGUUAACUGAGUGCCGGAUUGCAUGUAAUAUGGCCCUUGCACCUCUGCGGAAGGUGGCAAUUCCUCCAGAGUGGAUGGGUGAGCUUGUCUUUACUAAGCUGUUAGGAUUUCCUCAAUAGAAUUAGCCAGCCCCUACGCAGACAAUGUGGACAUCUCAAAAAGCGGGUAGUGUGAAUUUGACCUUCAGGAGUUCAGUUUUCAGGCCUAAGGGGUAGAUAUUGGGUGUGUAACCUGUGGCCCUCCAGAUGUUGUUGGGCUACAACGUCCAUAAUUUCUGACCGUUGGUCAUGCUGGCUGUGGCUGCUAAGAGUUGAAAUCUGGCAACAUCUGGGGGGACGCAGGUUCCCUAUUGCUGUAAUUGUGUGAGUGUGUAUGUUGCUAGUUCAGCUGUUCUUGUGCUUCCCUUUCUGCCUCUUGGAGGGGAAGCCAGCACAGCUGCCACGCGUGGAAGCCACCAUAGCACUGUAUAGUUUUGACAUCUUAGUUGCUCAUCUAGGAGGCUUAUACACUCGCCCCAGGUGAAGCAGGCCAAUCACAAGACUGAUGCUGUCACUGGGGACAUGCGCGAUUUCUCCUAAAGCAAGGGUGUGAGUCAGGCCUGUAUUCCCUGCCCCCUCACACUUUCCUUUUCUGUUCUAGGUCCUUGUUGAUGCUGUCACUGGGGACAUGCGCGAUUUCUCCUAAAGCAAGGGUGUGAGUCAGGCCUGUAUUCCCUGCCCCCUCACACUUUCCUUUUCUGUUCUAGGUCCUUGUUGAUGCUGUCACUGGGGACAUGCGCGAUUUCUCCUAAAGCAAGGGUGUGAGUCAGGCCUGUAUUCCCUGCCCCCUCACACUUUCCUUUUCUGUUCUAGGUCCUUGUUGAUGCUGUCACUGGGGACAUGCGCGAUUUCUCCUAAAGCAAGGGUGUGAGUCAGGCCUGUAUUCCCUGCCCCCUCACACUUUCCUUUUCUGUUCUAGGUCCUUGUUGAUGCUGUCACUGGGGACAUGCGCGAUUUCUCCUAAAGCAAGGGUGUGAGUCAGGCCUGUAUUCCCUGCCCCCUCACACUUUCCUUUUCUGUUCUAGGUCCUUGUUGAAUUGGGAUCCUGUCAAACUAGCAGCCUUGACAGGAGUGUUUAUUCUUUCGCUAUAUGUGUGGAUAGUUGCUGCUAUGCUGUCAUUAUGACCUUUUAAAAAAAUAGCUUUGUGGAUUUUACUUCUUCUUACAGAAAUUGUGGGGGAGAAUCUUUGCACCGUUUUUGGAGAACACGGUGGAGAUAAUUAGCGCACUCCCCCAGUCCACUUUCCCAAUCCUUUCUCCAGAGCAAUGAAUAAGAAACAUACUAAACCUGUUAGCAUGACAUUAGUAGGCCCAGCUGUGGUUUGCACCCACAUGAGCUUUGGCAGUGAAGUUCGUCAUGUUAGUGUUUGUUCACUCUCUCCUUCCAAAUGGGAUUAAGCUGCUCCAGUUCAUCACUCCCAUGAUAAGAAGAAAAAUGGAAUCCGCUACCCUUUCCCCCCUUGUGCUUAAUUCACACGGUAUGUGGCAAGUAUGUGAGAAGGGCGGUCGUGUAGUGGCCAAUUCAGAACUGCAGGGUCCCUUCUGGGAGUCACGGCCAUGCCCCCUAGUCCACUUUCCCUUGUCUCCCUUCGCCUCCGAGCCCACACUCCGCUACAACAGACAUCCCUAAGAGCCUGUCAUCAUGACCGGGGAGGCUGUGUGUUAGCUACUAAGAAAAGUCUUCUCAGUAGCUGAUUCUCCUCCUUUCACUCUGGCUGGCUGCAAUCAGCACAAAAGGUCAAGGACUCAGUGGCUAGCAUGCUCCCCUUUCACAUAGGGACCUGUUUGGGACCCUGCUCCCAAAAAAGUAAUGGCUCUGCAGCCCCAGAUGACUAUAGGGAGAAGGACCACAGGCCAUGAAGGGGAGAGAGAUGCUUGCAAACACCGGGAACCCAUAGUAGGCACAUGUGCUGUACCCAUGCCUCUGAUUCUCUGCAGUUCCCUGGUGUGCAUCUUUCACAAAUGCAUGCUUCUGCUUCACACUUUGGCACUGCCACAGAUGAUCAGGUUACUGUCCUGGACCGUAGGAAGUCGCUUUAUACUGAGUCAGACCAUUGGUCCAGUAGCUCAGUAUGGCUGACACCUGAUGCGGGGAACCUUUGGUCCUCUGGAUGCUGCUGAACCGCAGUUCCCAUCAUCCCCGGCCAUUGGCCACUCUUAUUGGGGCUAAUGGAAGUUGUAGUUCAGCAACAUCUGGAGGGCCAAAGGUCCCCCGCCUGCUGUACACUGAUUGGCAGCAGUGGCCCUACAGUAUUUCAAGGAGGGAGUCUUAUCCCAAAUUUACCUGGAGAUGCCACUGGAGAUUUAACCAGGGACCAUCUGCAUGCAAACCAAAUGCUCUGCCAUUGAGCUACUGCUGUUCCCCAAAUGGACCCGCUGUGAGCAGGAUUUGAACCUAUGCAAGGAGUCCCCAUUCAAUUUCAAGUCCACGACCUUAACCGCUCGCCCGUCACAGCUCCAUAAUUUUAAGUGGAUCUCCUCAUGUACCUCUGGCAACCUUCAGUGUCCCUGUGUGAGCGUGCAUGUUCUUUGAGUUUUUAAUAAUAAAU